AUGCCCAUACGUCUCCGGUUUCAGCUCCACGGAAACCGCCACGACAAGAUUUUCCACCUCGUUGCCAUAGACCAGCGCGUCCGACGCGACGGCAAACCCGCCGAGAUGCUGGGCAUACUCAACCCCCGCCUCCAGCUCGGCCAGGAGCACAAAACGAUGGAGUGGAGUGUGGAUAGGAUAAAAUACUGGCUGAGCGUCGGGGCGACGCCCAGUAAGUCCGUGGCAAAGUAUCUGGUCAUGGGCAAUAUCAUAAAACCAGAGUCACGGCUUGCUCCGAAGCUGCUGCCUAAGCCAUGA